CCACAGCAUCCUAGAACUCAAGGAUGUUGCGUCUUCAAGCAACCCAGGCGGAUGUCUCCCCCCUGAUGGUGUGCUGGCUGUGGCAGAGAUGAGGGACACUGUGUUCUUCUCCUUUGUUCUCUUCCUGGGCAGCCAGUGGGGCAUCGAGCCCCACUCUAUUCCUGUGACUGAAGGUACCAUCACAAGUAUAUUGUCAUGGCAACUGGAGGGAUGGAAGACUCACAGGGAGCCCCAGGCAGACCGGCUGGUGGGCACCUCCUGCAGAGGCUGGGACGGUGCGAAGAACAGCCUUUCCUCAAGUUCAAAGCAUCUCGAUGAAGAUCUGGCUAAAUUAUUUGAUGAGAUCCUGCUGCAGGUGUUUCCCAACAAUCUGGAUGACAUAACAAAAGAUGCAAGAACAGCUGGCAGACUGAUCACCUGGAGUGACGUGAAUGAAACUCAUCACAGCCCGAACAGCUUCAACAAUUCUGAAUUUGCAUCAAGUUCACACAAGCAAGAGGAACAUUUGGCUAAGAUAUUUGAUGAGAUCCUGCUGCAGGUCUUUUCUAACGACCCACAAUAUUUAUCCAAAGAAGGCGCAAGGGCCGCCGAUGAGCUAGCAACGUGGAAAGACUCGAAUGAAAAUUAUAUGGCUGAGAAGACAAAUAAGGAAUCAUCUCUAUUCAACAGGGAUGUAAGCCAUCAAUUAACUACUGCUGCCAAAGAAACAACCCAAAAGUUAACUACUCAUGAUGCUCACACCGAUCCUGUGUCUUCCCGUUUAGAUGCUCACACUGAGGGUCUGCCUUGCAGACAGAUGCUGAGCUUCCUUCAGAAGAACAUCAUUAUUGCUGCCACUGCUGUGGCUUCAAUCCUCCUGGUCACAGCGUUUGUGGCAUUUGUACUGGUCACGUGCCUAAGGCGGAAACAGCCAAGGUAUCCGCCAGCGAACACGACGUACAAUAUUUUUAUAAUGAACGGGAAGGGUUGGUGGCAAAAGCCCGAGGAAAGGCUCCUCAGAAAAUUCACAGGGAAGCAGAAAACCCUGAGGUGCAAGUCCUGCGUCUAAGCUGGUGGAGGAGGCAGCAAACCGUCACCAAGCCAUGUCGGAGGGUUCUUUUGUGCUGCCUGGACAGAAAUGGAGGGUCUUGAAAUAACUCCCUAUCUCGAAGUCCAGGAAGAAAAUGCAACAGAGAGAGAAGCCAACAGGCAGGAGGCGACAGUCCUGCAGCCAUCAUUGGAGCCCAAAGCAGGUUGCCCUGAAGCCCAUCCCUGGAAUUUUCAGCUAUUCAUACAAUAAUUAUCGAACA